GUUCAGUGCCAUUUGCCAUGAUGAAGUUGCAAAUCGUUGUGUUGCUACUCGCCGCUGCGGUGAUCGUGGAAUGCGGUCACACUUUCGUCGGCACCAGCGUCAAUAGACCCUUGGUCUACCACCAUGACGUGCAGUACAGCUCGAAAAUGUUCCGUAAGAGAGUUGAAAACCUCCAUUUCAGCUUGCCUCAUGUACCUUCCAUAUUCGGGAGGUCCAUUCAGGGCAUUCUGGCCUUCGACAAAACCUAUAGCACUGCUUCUGCGAACAUCACCCAAGGCGGAAUCGGCUAUAACUUCGUCAAUCUCCGCAUGAAGAGCGAGCGCGGAUCAAAAAUUCAUUACGAUGUAUACAUUUUUGCUUAAUUAUUGCUUCAGCAAUAAACAGAUGUGA